GGAGAGCAGACUUGCAAAACCACAGAUAAUGUUCAGCCCAGCACAGUAGGGGUCAAUUUGGUCCACUUGCUCAGUGACAAAAAAAAAAAAAAAAAAAAAAAAAAGUGGGCUGUCACUUAAAGAUUUUGACUCACAAGAGAGGGGCUGGUCUGGAGGUGGGAGGAGGGAAUGACGAGUCAAGGAGGAGACAGGGACGCAGGAGGGUGCAAGGAAGUGUCUUAACUGAGACAGGGGCAAGGCAGGAGAGGGUGGAGGAAAUUCUGCAGGAGACAGGCUUCCUCCAGGGUCUGCAGAACCCAGAGGCAGCUCCUCCUGAGUGCUGGGAAGGACUCUGGCCAUCUUCAGCCCUUCUUACCCUCUGAGGCUCAAGCCAGAAAUUCAGGCUGCUUGCAGAGUGGGUGACAGAGCCACGGAACUGGUGUCCCUGGGACCCCCUGCCCGUCUUCUCUCCACUCCCCAGCAUGGAGGAAGGUGGUGAUUUUGACAACUACUAUGGGGCAGACAACCAGUCUGAGUGUGAGUACACAGACUGGAAAUCUUCGGGGGCCCUCAUCCCUGCCAUCUACAUGUUGGUCUUUCUCCUGGGCACCACGGGCAACGGUCUGGUGCUCUGGACCGUGUUUCGGAGCAGCCGGGAGAAGAGGCGCUCAGCUGAUAUCUUCAUCGCUAGCCUGGCAGUAGCUGACCUGACCUUCGUGGUGACGCUGCCCCUGUGGGCUACCUACACGUACCGGGACUAUGACUGGCCCUUUGGGACCUUCUCCUGCAAGCUCAGCAGCUACCUCAUCUUUGUCAACAUGUACGCCAGCGUCUUCUGCCUCACCGGCCUCAGCUUCGACCGCUACCUGGCCAUCGUGAGGCCAGUGGCCAACGCUCGGCUGAGGCUGCGGGUCAGCGGGGCCGUGGCCACGGCCGUCCUGUGGGUGCUGGCCGCCCUCCUGGCCAUGCCCGUCAUGGUGUUCCGCACCACCGGGGACCUGGAGAACACCACCAAGGUGCAGUGCUACAUGGACUACUCCAUGGUGGCCACUGUGAGCUCGGAUUGGGCCUGGGAGGUGGGCCUGGGGGUCUCGUCCACCACUGUGGGCUUCGUGGUACCCUUCACCAUCAUGCUGACCUGUUACUUCUUCAUCGCCCAAACCAUCGCUGGCCACUUCCGCAAGGAGCGCAUCGAGGGCCUGCGGAAGCGGCGCCGGCUGCUCAGCAUCAUCGUGGUGCUGGUGGUGACCUUUGCCCUGUGCUGGAUGCCCUACCACCUGGUGAAGACGCUGUACAUGCUGGGCAGCCUGCUGCACUGGCCCUGUGACUUUGACCUCUUCCUCAUGAACGUCUUCCCCUACUGCACCUGCAUCAGCUACGUCAACAGCUGCCUCAACCCUUUCCUCUAUGCCUUCUUCGAUCCCCGCUUCCGCCAGGCCUGCACCUCCAUGCUCUGCUGUGGCCAGAGCAGAUGUGCGGGCACCUCCCACAGCAGCAGUGGGGAGAAGUCAGCCAGCUACUCUUCGGGGCACAGCCAGGGGCCUGGCCCCAACAUGGGCAAGGGUGGAGAACAGAUGCACGAGAAAUCCAUCCCCUACAGCCAGGAGACCCUUGUGGUUGACUAGGGCUGGGAGCGGAGAGAAGCCUGGUGCCCUCGGCCCUCCCCAGCCUUUGCCCUUGCUUUCUGAAAAUCAGAGUCACCUCCUCUGCCCAGAGCUGCCCUCAGAGCAUCCAGUGAACACUGGAAGAGGCUUCUAGAAGGGAAGAAGUUGUCCCUCUGAGGCCCCCGUGGGUGACCUGCAGAGACUUCCUGCCUGGGACUCAUCUGUGAUCUGGGACAGAAGCAAAGGAGGCUGGCUGCUGUGAUAACCCCUGACCUCCCCCAGUGCCUUCUUCAGAAUGUCUGCGCUGUCUUCUGACCCUGUUAGUCACUGUGGUUCAUCAAAUAAAACUGUCUGUGCAACUGCUGUGUCCAAA